GAUUCUCUCCCUUCUCUCUAUGCCUCCCCCUUCGCUAACCUCUACGCAGUCAGUUCAAAUCACAGAGAGGGAAAGAGACAACGAGCAGGCGGCAGUGGUUCAUUCUGCAGUGGCCAUAGCGAAAAUCUGCCUUCUCUGCAAAGUCCCGAGAGAUGCCAACUUGAAACAACAGACUUGAUAGCUAUUCAGUUGAUUGGCUACCACACGAAACAUCUAUUGCCUGAGAAAGAAUCUGCAUGCAGAAUAUGAGUUCCCUGCGGGGCCACCCUGUCCUGUAACCAAUGGCAACAUCGGUCCAAACCCUUCCUCUGACCCGCAACCCCAGCAAGACAUUCCGUGAUCCCAUCCCGACCCCUACCCGGUCCACAGCCCUAUUGGACCGGUUCAGUAUGGGUAGUGUAGGCAGCCUAGUGGAGCGCCCAGACGCGUCCCCAGCUAAAGGCAGCCGGGCCGUGCCCCAGGUGGGACCCAGGCAGACCAACAGGAUAUUAAAGAAAGGUUUCAACCAGAGAGAGUUGCUCAACUACCUCAACAUUACCAGGAAAGAGGCCAAAGCGGGGUAGCGGCCCAGGCAGCAGUAGGAAGGACAUCUUCUCCAGCAUGCAGUCCAUGAAGAGAGAGCACGGACAUGAGGAGGAACACAUCAAGAUCUACCACAAAGACAGAACUGAGGUGGGCGUGUCAAAGAACUCACUGCCCAUUAGAGAGAAAUAUGAGAAGUCUCUUCCCAGGCCGUCUGCCUUCAAGCUGGUCACACCCAAGAACUUCAGUUCCAUGCAGAACCUCUACCCUGCCAAGAUAGAGGACUCAGACCAGGGCCUGUCCAACGGGCUCCACCGGGCCUACGCGCACACACCUAGAGCUGUCUCCACCUCCUCUUCCUCCUCCUCACCCUCCCGCCAUGGAGGACCCACCUCCAGCGGAACCAAGGUGGUGGCGUCAGUGCGUGGUCUGAGUCAGGAGGAUGAGAACCUGUCAGACUCUGGUCAUAACUCCAUGAACAGUCUUCCUCCAUACAGACCUCCCUUCAGACCACAGCUGGCUCACAUCAGUGCCUCCAUGAGCCACAUCAACACCAUUGGCUCUCUGGACCGAGCAUCAAAGGUUGCGGGGUCGUCGGGGGUUGCUAUGACGGAGAUGGCCAUGUCGUGUCGUAGCAUGGCAACGCUCAGCCGCCUGGCGCCAUACGGAGGGGAGGCUCCGCCCCCUUACGAACUGUCGUUCUCCGUAGAGGAGGUGGUGCGUGAUCUGGAGGAGAGGCUGGUGGAGAAGGAACACGAGCUGAAACAGAUGAGGAGGAACCUGGAUGAGAGUGAAGGAGCCAUUGCACAGGUGUUUGAAGGUAAACAGCAUCUGUGGGAGAAGGAGUUGGAGGAGUUGAAGCAUCUGUACGCCGCCAAGCUGCGUCAGGUUUCCCAGCAUGCUCAGCAUUCCCAGCAUGCACUGCAGCUGCAGCUGCACAAGGCCCAGCAGGAGAAGAACAGACUGCAGGACGAACUGGAAGCUCUGGAAGGGGGGAGACAGAGAGAGGGUCAGGGCAGUCUGAAGGGAACCAGCCCUACUCUGGAGGAGACUCAGUGGCAGGUGUGUCAGAAGUCGGGUGAGAUCUCGUUGUUGAAGCAACAGCUGCGUGAUUCCCAGGCGGAGGUGACCAGCAAGCUGUCAGAGCUGUUCCAGCUGAAGACCCAGCUGAGAGAGACCAGAGGAGAGCUGCAGAGCCGUGAUGGACAGAUAGACACGCUGCAGACAGCCCUACAGGGGGCGCAACCACGACGACUGGAGAAAGGUGGAGCAGAGGAGAGUAGAACACUAGAGUCUCGAGGAUCAGGAGGGGCGUCAGGUCCUACAGAGGAGCGUCUGCGAGCAGAGCUGUUGUUAGAGCGUUGUCAGAGCGAGGCCCAGGCUACGGCCUUCGAGCAGGAGAGACAGACGUGGCAGACAGAGAAGGAGAAAGUCAUCUGCUACCAGAGAGAGCUGCAGGCCAGCUACCUGGACAUGUACCACCACAACCAACUACUGGAGAGAGAACUAUACCUGCUCAGAGGAGAAGGAGUCGGAGGAACACUGGAGAGAGAACUAUACCUGCUCAGAGGAAGAGGAGGAGGAGGAACACUGGAGAGAGAACUAUACCUGCUCAGAGGAAGAGGAGGAGGAGGAACACUGGAGAGGGAACUGCAAGAUGUGAGGGGAGGAGAAGGAGGAGGGCGAGAGAUGGGAGACUACAGUAACGAGUCACUGGAGAGGGAAGUGCAGGAGGUGAGGAGAGGAAGAGGAGGAGGAGAGAGAGAAAGAGGAGAGGAAGACAGCUAUAAUCCUCCUGGUCUUCCCUGGAUAGAGAGGAUAGAGUCGUCUGAGAUUUGACUGAGUGGACACUAGAUGGGGGGCCCAUUCCAAACCAAACACUCAACCCCUCUUCCUAUCUCCUUGUUGAAUACUCAGGCUUCUUACAGACUUUAAAGGACAGGAGGGCCCCAUUCCAAACCAAAUCCUCACCCCUUAUCUUUAUUUCCUUGUGGAGGGCCCAGUUCCAAUUCCAAAACAACACUGCACUCCUAUACCUGUGUGAACUAGACUGAAUAGUGUGCAUAUAUAAUCAGCAAUACAAUGAUACCCUCUCUGGUACUGUUUUUUGGAAGUUCCACUUCCUACUUCCUGUUUCAAUCGACCAAUAAAUUACAACUUCCUGUUUCAGUCCACCAAUCAAUGACAGCGUAUUAGAGUCGAGAACACUUUACAAUCCUUCAAGCACGACACUGACCAAACCUCACUUUAGAGGGCUGCUUGUAUGUACAAAGGAUAAUAAUAAUAAUAAUAAUAAUAAACCUAUUUGUAAAUGUUACUUAUUCAAAUUUUGUUCUGUGUGUAUAUAAUCAAACCAGUGGUGUGUUUGAUAGUUCUGAUCCUCACAGCCCCUCUGUGGGCUUGAAGUUCAAACACUGACUGGGGGAAAGUAAGGGUAGGUAUGCGUCCCAAAUGGCACCCUAUACCCUGUAUAGUGCACUUCUUUUGACCAAUGGGGCUCUUGUCAAAAGUAGUGCACUACAUAGGAAAUAGGGAGCCGUUUCAGAUGCAACCUAGAACCUUGUCCAAAGGAUCUAAAGGGAUUUGGGUUUUGUCCCAGUGAGGUGAGGUACGGUCAUUGUCACUGGAUAAUAAGUCUGUAGUGUGUAGAUUAGGCCGAAUGUAAAUGACAUUAAAAGUUCUCUUCAUUCAAGGAGCGUCCAGGGAGCUGGGCUCAGAGGAGAAACAUAACAUCACUAGACCAUCAGAGGCCAACACAUGGAUGCUGUUGCUCUGCCAUUAACAACAAGGGGAAUUUUAGUCUUGUUUUUGUUGUUGGAAAAUGACCCUUUAAGAAACCUGUGAUACUGUAACAAUACUGUAUUCAGGACAUUUAAUGGAAUUUAUAUUUAUUGUCAUGUGAUUCUAUUUUCUGUCCCCAAAUCACUAUAUUGUGAUCUGUAUAUAGUUGUUAGCUAGAUAUACUAAUGCUGCAGAAGCAUGUACUCUUUGAGGAAAUAGCCUGAAUAGCCUGAUAUUACAGCGCUGGCCGUUAUUCUGAAUCCCAUUGGACUAAUUACUGAUCAUCUAUUGUUGCUGUCGGAGAGAAAAACUCAUCUCCUAAAACGGAUACUUCUCAGGAAAUGGAAGAAAAGUGCCAUAUUUUCCCAUUAACAAACAUACAAUUACAUAACUUCUCUCAAGUUAUUUUCAAUACAUUUUAUUGGUCCUAGAUUCAUUAAAUAUUCAGAGUUCAUUGACGGGAGUUACUGCUUUCAAUACAUGUGAACAUAGAUAGAUAUAUAUAUAUGGCAAAAAUAGUUUUUCAUCCGACAGCAACGUUUUGUUUAGGGAAGAAUAAAUACUGUACUGUGACUUGUGUUAAACCACUGGAGUUAAAUAUAUAUAUAUAUGUGUUGGUUCUGAAUUUCUAUAAUAAACAUUUAUCAAGUGGUG